UACAGCGCGUGCUUCUUGAUUGCAAAUUUCUCUACCCCUCAAUCUAUUCAGAACAGAGACGCUGCUUGUGCAUCAGGCAACAUCAAUUUCACAAGAGUAGUGAAGUUGCGUUCAAUGAGAACUUCAUUAUGGCUUCUUGUCAUAACCAUGUAAUCCAAUUUCUUUGGCACACAUGAAACACAUCAUAUUGGCUUCUGGCUGAUGUCUUGGUGACCAAGAACUCUUGUUGCUCAAUUUGACAUAAAAUAGUCUCUCGUUCAAUGCAUCUGCGACAUCCAAGCUGGUUACAAGGCAACAACACUCACCCUCGGACCAGCGUGAUGUUUGAUGAGGAUGGAAACAUCAUUGGUCUUGAUUUGAGCAAGGAAUCAACCCCUUGCAGUACCAACAGUUCGUCAAGCCUUUCUAACUGGAGCAUCUUCCUAGGCUAAACUUGGCUUUCAUCGUCCACCAUACUUGGUAUUCCUAUCUACCCAGCAGCAUGUGAAUUCCAAUUCCAGGCCGUUGAGGAUGGAGCUGGAUUUGCUGGUGAUGAAGCAGGCAAGCAGGAGUGCUGUGUUUAUUUAUCUGGCGACAACGUGAUGUGUGGGAGGCAUUGGAUGGACACGUUUUUACCAGCACAUUUUGCACUAGUCGACGAGGACCGCAUUUGGGGGCCGCCAACACUUGCAGCUAGCAAGGGAAAUAGGAACUAUCCGAAAGAGAGGUGAGAUGGGAGGUCAGAUAUCGAGUUGCACUUCUGGGGUAGAAAUACCUAAAGAGAAGAGUCAAAAGCAAUGAAAAAUGCCACAUGGUUCUUUGCCUCUUUUGGCGCAAACCAAGCAUGUGCACAUGUCAUAGCACUUAUAAAAUUCGAGGUGCCCCAAGAUCUUGCAGGAUCAGUGGAAUUGCCUUGCAGGUGACUUUUUUGUCUGCCAGUCAACCAUCCUGGUUGUUGAUGAGGGUGGAGGGAUCUCAAACUCGAGAUGUCCAUGGAAGACAUAGAAGGCUUGAUAAAACACUCAUAACAUGAGUCAUGCAUGAUGUCUCGAAGGCGGCUUUCUAUGGCCAGUUAACCACGGCAAGUUUGCACUUGCAUUCUUGACUUCGCUGCUCACAUCAACAGGUUGGUUGGUUCUUUGCACAAAAAUCACAACAUACGGUUGUGCCGAAUUUCAGUUAUUCCAAAACCAUCAUGGAUGUGUCCCCGCUGUCAAUGUUAACACCAAUCCUGUUACUCUUGCCUCUGUGUCAUCACAUAUGCCACUGUCAACAACCAUAUGUUGGUGGAGAGCAGGUCGACUGCUCGUCCCCAUCAUCUAAGCUGAAAGGUUACCUCUGCAGUAGCCCUCAAGCAUGCCAGUCCUUCGUGACAUUUCGGUCUACCUCGCCAUUCAACUCACCGCUCACCAUUGCUUCGCUCCUCGGUUCAGAUGCCCUGGCCAUAGCCACCGUCAGUAACAUCAGAUCCGCCACGGAAAAGAUACCCGAUGGUAACCUGGUCAUAGUUCCAGUGUCCUGCUUUUGCUCAGGAAGUAUUUACCAGCAUCAGGCCUCUUACACUGUGGCCAAGUCCGAGACAUAUUUCACCAUAGCUAACAAUAUAUUCCAAGGCCUGUCCACUUGCAGCGCUCUACUUGAUCAGAACUAUUAUGCGGAAGAUGAUCUUGUUGCGGGUGCACAGCUGCUAGUUCCCCUGAGAUGCACGUGCCCUAGUUCUAAUCAGACAGUCAAUGGAGUUAAAUCCUUGCUUACAUACAUGGUGACAGCAGGUGAUUCCGUAUAUUCAAUUGCAAAAAGAUAUGGCGCGACUCUACAAAGUGUCCAGGAGGCAAAUAUGAUGACAGACCCCUCUAUAAUAUACACUUCUACUCCCAUCCUCGUUCCCCUCAAUUGUGCAAAGAAUUCCAAGAGCUCCUUCUGUUAUUGUCCCAAUGGAUAUGCCGAAGGCAAGCGUGGAAAUGGCCUAAAUUGCAUGCCCAACCGGAAAAAGUUUCCUUUCAAGCUGGUUCUCAUGAUAGGUGCCGGCAUAGGUGUGGGAUUCUUGUGUCUUUCGCUUUUCAGCUAUUGGCUAUACAGAUAUCUAAGAAAUCGAAGGGACAGAAUUGUCAAGGAGAAACUGUUCGAGCAAAAUGGUGGUUUGCUUUUGCAACAGAAGUUUUCACCUCAUGGAAGAGAUGGAAGAGCGGCAAUAUUCUCUGAAGAAGAUAUGAGACGAGCAACAGAUAACUACAGCCAGAGCCGGUUUCUUGGUCAAGGAGGGUUCGGCACAGUUUACAAAGGAAUGCUAUCAGAUGGUACCAUAGUUGCCGUAAAGAAGUCGAAGACCAUCGAUAGAGGCCAAAUUGAGCAGUUUAUUAAUGAAGUGGUUGUCCUAUCGCAGGUUAGUCAUCGGAACAUUGUAAAAUUGAUAGGAUGUUGCUUGGAGACUAAGCUUCCUUUACUAGUGUAUGAGUUCAUCCCCAAUGGCACUCUGUCCCAGCAUAUUCAUCAGCAGGACAAAGAUUGUUCUCUUUCAUGGGAAGAUCGGUAUCGAAUAGCAUGUGAAGUUGCUGGAGCCAUAGCAUACAUGCAUUCUGCAGCUUCAAUUCCCAUUUAUCACCGUGACAUAAAACCUUCGAACAUUCUGUUAGAUGACAAUUAUACUGCUAAAGUCUCUGAUUUUGGUACCUCAAGGCCAGUUCCUUCUGACAAAACUCACCUGACGACGGCCGUGCAAGGUACCUUCGGAUACUUGGAUCCAGAAUACUUCCAAUCUAGUCAGUUCACAGAUAAAAGCGACGUGUACAGUUUUGGGGUAGUGCUGGUGGAGUUACUUACGGGGCGGAAGCCGACAUCUUUCUCAGGAGACGACGAAGGGAGACAUCUAAUUGCAAGCUUUGUCAUGCUAAUGAAGGAAAACGGUUUGUCACAGAUCCUAGAUCCUGUUGUGGCUAAUGAAGCAGAGGCGGGGGAUGUUCUAGCAGUGGCAAUGCUUGCCAUGAGGUGUUUGAGAUUAAAUGGGAGAAAGAGACCUACCAUGAGAGAGGUUGCCGUGAAGCUAGGAGGACUAAGGAAAUCUCAAAGUUUCUCUCAGACCAGCCAAAGUCCUUUCUUAUUUGAAGAUGGACUAGCCGGUGAUGCCGAUGAAGAAUCAUCGAUACCCAACACAUCCAUGUCAGUUGAAAUGGAAUCACUUUCUGUAUCGACCGCGAGCUAG